AUGACAGAAUUUCAAAUGACGCCGUUGGUUCGAAAGUAUAGCCUCCAGCUCGAAGACGAAGAUGUUCUACCUAGAAGCUUAAGAAUUGUUGCCAAUGAAGAGCAAGAAGAUGAAAGAAGAAAGGCUUUGCAGUUGCAGGAAUGGCGAGAAUGGAUUCGCUUCGACGGAGCUUUAGAUGACCACAGCUCCGAGAGACUCACCCACUCUAGCAGAGUACUUGCUGAAACCUGGAAAUCGUUCGGCCCCUUGUUCGACGUCGAUUCUACCAAGUGUAUAGCAGGGUACUCCCUUCCUAGCAUCGACGCGCUGCAACGCGCUGUCCAUGAUGCUAGCACACUACGAGAAUCUAACAAUGACUACUCGUUUAUAUUCUCAAUCAUCCCUCAAAAUGACAAAUAUACCAUUCUGAUUACUGGGGUCUUGUCAUCUAUUGCUAAAGCAGCCGCAAAAUACCAAGAUACCGCCGAAAGAAUCUCACAGGCCCUUGAUCAAAUCACUUCUGAUAUCAGUCAAGUUAAGAAGCGUGCCAACGUUGCCGAUACCCCCGAAAUUCGUGGCUUUGUGGCCGAUUUCUUUGUCGGAAUAUUUGAGCUUUUAUGUUUAAUCAUGUCAUGGUAUAAAUCGAGGUCGAAACGAGUCCUCGGAUCGUUCAACAAAAGUUUCACUAAGGACCUUGAUGGGAAGAUCGACGCAAUCCAAAAGGCCCUCAAAGAUAUGUCGGAAGAAACAAGCCUUAUCACUCAGCUUCGAGUCCACGACGUGCAUGAAGAUGUUGCAGGGAUCGCCCUAACAUCAGUGAGCACGGAUAGAAAAGUCCAACAGAUGAUGACUUUAUUAGAGCAAUGUGUGGUUGGGAUAAGAUCGUUGCGUGAUAUUGGGCAUGUUGCAGCGCAACAACUCAACUCCAUGCACCAAGAUUUCGUCCGGCAGAAGACCGCUACUGGUUCAGGCCUAACAGGUCAUCCCAUGAUUGGACAGGAUUGUCCUGUCACUGACGAGGCACAUAGUGGACGGUCCACUGGCCUCUCUGGCGGUCAUUCAUCAGAUCGCAUUGUUUCGCAGUCCUCCAAGUCUGAUCUACUUCACUAUUCUCAGCUGCUCAAACCAUUCAUCGAUGACGGUCGCAGACUGAUAUCGAUAGAUGGUAGGCUAACCGCAAGAUCAGUUCUGCCUCGUGAAGUUGUUGGUGAGAUGGAGAGGUGGAUGGCUAGUGUCAAAUCGAAGUUACUUUGGGUUGAGGGAAUUAGCUCGCAUGCCUCCGAACCUGUUCUUUCAACGGCAGCACUGAACAUUUGUUCUAUUGCGGAAAAUGCCGGCAUUCCGUGUAUGUCCUAUUUCUGUACGACUAUACAUGACCGCAAUAAGACUGUACAAAGAGACCCAAGCGCGACUCAUACUGAGGCAACGUGUGUCUCACUCUUCUAUUCAAUUAUUGUCCAGCUCUGCGAGACUCUACCGGAAGACUUCACUGGCACAGAGAAGUUUAACAAUCAAUUUCAACUUCUCGACGGAACCCUCAAAAGCUUAGAGAUAGCCAUUAGCUUGAUCAAGCAUCUCUUCACCUGCUUGCCUCCCCUCACAGUCUGGGUCUUGGAUAAGUUCCCAUUUGCGGGAACCAAAUCGACAGUUCCUUAUAUCAAGAAAUUGAUAGAUGUUCUACGUGAUGAAAAGGGCGGUCGAGUUACCAAAGUUCUCUUCACAACUGAAGGAAAUACGCCUUGGUUGUCAGGUAGCUUACAAGCGCGUGAACAUUUUCUGGCAUCAAGGAUGACUUUGAACAGACCCGGGCGUGUAAUUCCCGGUGCAGUUUCACCACUAUUUCGCGGUAAAUUCCAGGGAGGUGAUCAGCAGAAAUAA